ACAAUGUCUAGCAGUUCAAGGGGUGGUUCCUCCGCGGGGGGUUACCUCCGCGGGAUCGAUCAGGACUUGAACUUUGACCCUGAGUCUCCACCGACUCCCCCUCUACAGUCCAUGACCCUCCAAACAAUGCACUUUCUCGAGAAACCGGAAAUCGACAAGAAAGUAAAGAGGCACAGCAUUCAUGGAAUGAUGGAUGAAGAAAACGUUAUCAGGCCUCACCAAGAAAUACUCAGUCUCACAUUGGAAGAAAAGAAAUUUCUUUUAGCUGUAGAACGUGGAGAUGUGGCUUCAGUCAGAAGAAUGCUGCAGAGGGCUCAGGACACAGGGUACAUAAACGUGAAAUGUGUGGAUCCAUUAGGAAGGUCCGCACUGCUGAUGGCCAUAGACAACGAAAAUUUGGAGAUGGUGGAGCUGCUAAUAGAACAUAAAGUUGAUACUAAGGAUGCUUUACUUCAUGCGAUUUCUGAAGAGUUUGUCGAGGCAGUGGAGGUCCUUCUGGAACAUGAAGAUAUCAUUAAAAAAAAGGGCGAGCUACACAGUUGGGAAGCUUUAGACCCGGAUACCGCAACUUUCACGCCAGAUAUAACACCCCUCAUCCUCUCGGCUCACAGAGACAACUAUGAGAUAAUAAAGAUCCUUCUUGAUCGAGGAUCUACUUUGCCAAUGCCUCAUGAUGUUCGAUGCGGCUGUGACGAAUGUGUUUUAUCGAGAGGCGAGGAUUCACUGCGACAUUCCAGGAGUCGAAUAAACGCCUAUCGUGCAUUGGCAUCACCAUCGUUAAUCGCCUUGUCCUCUAAGGACCCCAUCUUAACGGCCUUUGAACUCUCCUGGGAGCUUCGUCGUCUUUCCUUCCUUGAGCACGAAUUCAAGUGCGAAUACCAGGAACUUAGAAGACAAUGCCAGGACUUUGCGACUGCCUUGCUGGACCAUACGAGAAGUUCGAAAGAACUUGAAAUUCUCCUAAAUCACGACCCACAUGGUCCAGCUUUCGAGCAUGGAGAACGGAUGCACCUGAAUCGACUCAAGUUGGCUAUUAAACUGCGACAGAAAAAGUUCGUGGCACAUCCGAAUGUUCAGCAACUUCUAGCAUCGAUUUGGUACGAGGGUCUACCAGGAUUUCGCAGAAAGAAUAUGUUUCUUCAAACUCUACAAAUUGUUCGAAUUGGGAUCUUUUUCCCAUUAUAUAGUGUGGCCUACAUAAUCGCCCCUCACAGUUCAAUCGGCUUGACUAUGAGGAGACCCUUCAUCAAGUUCAUAUGUCACUCAGCUUCCUACUUCACAUUUUUAUUUAUGUUAAUUUUGGCGAGUCAAAGGAUAGAAAGUGUGAUUGGUAUUUGGAUGGGAAAUGUCUUUCCUUCGGAAGAACAUGAUCCAACGCCAACCAAGAGGGGCGCAGCUCCAACAAUAGUUGAAUGGUUAAUAUUGGCCUGGGUUUCCGGACUGAUUUGGUCUGAGGUAAAGCAAUUGUGGGACGUGGGCCUUGAGGAGUACGUGAACGACAUGUGGAACGUGAUCGAUUUUGUAACGAACUCGUUAUACGUGGCGACAGUGGCACUGAGGGUGGUCGCUUACUAUAGGGUACAAAAGGAAAAUGAGGGCCGUGAACCCGGUUCCGUUAUAGAACUUCAACGAGAACAGUGGGACACGUGGGACCCGAUGCUUAUCUCUGAAGGACUCUUCUCAGCUGCCAACAUUUUCAGUUCUUUGAAACUAGUCUACAUAUUUUCCGUGAAUCCGUACUUGGGUCCACUUCAAGUUUCUCUAUCAAGAAUGGUAAUGGACAUCAUGAAGUUCUUCUUUUUAUACGUGCUCGUUCUCUUCGCAUUUUCCUGUGGACUCAAUCAACUCUUAUGGUACUAUGCCGAUUUAGAAAAGAAAAAGUGUCCAACUGCAUCGCCUCAUCCUCAAAAUGCAAACGUGACCAACAUGGAUCCAAAUGCUUGCAUUGUCUGGCGAAGAUUUGCAAACUUGUUCGAGACCAUACAAACGCUUUUUUGGGCUGUUUUUGGAUUAGUGGAUCUGGAAAGUUUCGAAUUAGAUGGCAUAAAAAUCUUCACUCGAUUUUGGGGGAUGCUCAUGUUUGGAACCUAUUCCGUAAUCAACAUCGUUGUCUUACUAAAUCUCCUCAUUGCAAUGAUGAAUCACUCCUACCAGCUAAUUUCGGAACGGGCCGACGUCGAGUGGAAAUUUGCAAGAAGUAAACUUUGGAUCAGUUAUUUUGAGGAAGGUGGUACUGUCCCACCACCCUUCAAUAUCAUUCCUACGCCAAAAAGUGCCGGAUACAUCCUAAUGUGGAUUUAUAAAAAACUCUGUGGCCACAGUAGAGCAGCGAAAAAGGAACACAUGCGAACAAUCAGGAGAAAACAACAGCAGGGAUUGAAGCGAGAUUACCGAUAUCAAGGCAUUAUGAGGAAUCUCGUAAGACGAUACGUAACUGUAGAGCAAAGAAAAACUGAGGGAGAGGGAGUGACUGAGGAUGACGUCAACGAAAUCAAGCAGGACAUCAGCGCCUUUCGAUGCGAGCUCAUCGAGAUCCUCAAAAAUUCGGGGAUGAACACUUCAACGGCAUCCGGCUUGUCCAUAGGUGCUGGUGGCAAGAAGAAUCGUCAGAAGGAGCGAAGGCUGAUGAAGGGUUUCAAUAUCGCUUCACAACCCUCUGGAAGUGGGCCUCUCCCACCAGUUUCAGAAUUUGUAGCUUCCCUAGAACAAGCUCAAAGUGACGAACAAUCUCACGAGCUUUUUGGAAGUACUCUCAGUGCUAUUUUUGGAUCUGGUACCACUGCUAAAAAGCAUCCUCAUCACACCAGCACCAAUAGUGUCCCAGGACUUGGAACUGGAGUCAGACCAAGCAGAGACUCAAGACCCGGAUCUAGAAAAAGACGCUGGGGGACUAUCAUCGAAGCUGCUAAAGCUGGAAGAGUCUCCAGACUCAUUGGAAGAUCACGUUCGGAGGAUUCGGUAUAUUCUCCAGGUUCUGAUGAUGGAGGAUCUCGAUCAGAGGGUUCAUCAGAUUCCAAAUCUUCUUUGGACGUUCCAUCUCAGGAUUCUCAUCCCCAUCAUCCUCACCAUAUUCAGCAUUCGAAUCAACCAGAAAGCCAAAACGUGUUCGGCCAAGGCCUUGGCCCUGCCCUAGCAGCUUUGAAAAAAAAACGAAAAAAAUUUUCAGCUUCGAGAGCCUCAAACCCUUCAGUGGCAAGUACUGUUAAUCCCGUGGAAAAUGUUGUGCAACCAAUUGCUUCGGUCUUGGCAUCUAGAAUGUCAAAAUUGCAACUGCAGAGAGCAAGCAGUGUUCCUACUCGAAGUCCUGAGCUUGUUUUGCAGUCGGUUUCACCUCGAUGUCACGAAGUCACUCAGAGCCAGCAACCGAGUUUGGAUGCUGCAGAAUCCAUCAGUCCAAAUGACCAAGGUAUGUCAGUCAGCACGGUUCCAUUGACGCCAUCAACAACUGAAGAGAGUGUUGCCACUUCCGGUAUGCUAUCAACGGCACUCAAAAAGAAUGGUUCAGCAACACAACUGCAGAGGAUUUUGCCAGGCAUCGAUCCAAUCGCUGGUCACGACACAACAUCCGGUUGGCUUUGAUGACAGAACGCAGGCAUGAAACCAUCAGGACGCUCCAGUAGGUAAUCAGUAAUCAGUAAUCGGAUUGUCCGAUUGACUCUACGACCACGAAAAUGGUGAGAAAGUUAAGGGAUGGGGUAAAUCGAACCUCCUCAUCGGUAGACGCACAAUGAUGCCUUCGUGACAACGUGCUUCGAGGCUGCGCUGUCCAUGAAAUUACAAAAACUAUUCUCCGGUCUGGUGCAGUUCUAGUCAUUUUGCUCUCUUUUAUAUUGAUAAUUAUUAUUUAAACAUUCUUUACGAUCUAUUUAUAUUAUGAUGCCAAAAAAUAGUUUUUUUAUUUUGCAAACGCUACCUAAGUUUACUUACUUUAAGUGAAAAAAUACUGUUAUAAAUUUGCUGUUUCCGGCAAAAGCAAAAAAAGUGGCUUUUGAUGCCUCUUCUGGUUCCAUGAAGUGGCACCUUAUAGGCUAAGUUUUAUACUGCCUUAAAAAGACUUUUUAUGGCUAUUUUAAUUAUCAGAUUGAAUUGUGGGCUAAUAAAUUAGUACAAUUACAACAAAAAAAUAUUAGAAUUUUUUUUCAUCAGGGAAAAUUGAUUAGUACACAAAAAUCCCUUACUUCCUUUUCUAUAUUUUCCGAAACUUUCAGUUUGAUUUAUCAUUUCUUGUGGAAUUGGUAUGACCCACAAAAAGGUCAGUAAAGUAGGAAUUGGAUACGUGGCACAUGCCCUUAAUGUUUUCCAUAUAUGGGAGGCAGGUGAAUGAGUAUUUGUAGUUUUGUAACAGAGAUAAACUCGGCUUUGGCUCCUAUUUUGCUCGCCCACGACUUUACGCGCCUGGUACAUAAUGAAAUUUCAGAUUUUCGUAUUCGAAGACCGAUUGUGUCUUUGAAUAAAUUUUUGAUUUGAUAAAAUAUAGCGUGUAUUCCUUCAUAAAUAACAAAUACUUUUUGCAUAUAAAAGAAUUUUUUAGCCUAAAAUUUCUAUUUAGAAAAAAAAUUAAAACCAUAAGAAUAUUUACUUUUAGACCUAAACAGGUUCAGCAGAGUCUCUAAGCAGUUUUUUAAAAAUAAAAUAAAAUUUAUGGCACUAUUUUUUCAGUAAAAGCAAGAAAUUUAGGGGGUAGCGUUAACAAAAUCAAAAUUUAACUUUUUUUGGCACCCAAAUGUCCAUGAUGAUGGCCCAAAAAUGCAUUAGUUUGACUUUUAAUUAUCAUGCUUGACCCACCCAUUUUUUUUUAAUCAGCAAAAAAGUAAAUUUCUAUUUUUUUGU